AUGUCUUGUGAUUACGAUGUGCGUGUCCCAUCGAAAUGGACGGUUCCUCAUAAAAAGAUGUUGACGGAAGUGGAAGACAAAGAACUAUUUGCCCUGGACAAACUUCUUCAUUGGGUGAAUGAAACAAGUCUAACAACUGAGGAAGGAGCAAAAAUCGUUUUCAAGAAGCUUGAUGCACACUUCUAUCUCCGUUGUUUAUUCCCAAUCCUUCCUGAUGACUCAACGAGCGUAAAGAUAUUUCAACUCAACCUGCAUUUCUUGAUACUGGGCUACAUUAUUGACGAUAAAAUUGAAAAGUACAACCAGGACGAAAUUAAUGAACUUAUUAGUGGCUACAACAACCUAAAAAACCAAGUAUCAAAAACGUUUCCGAAAUUUCCAAGUAUAUCUGAAAUGAAGCACUCACUAUGUAACAUGAAGAACGAUUACUCGAUAUCUGCAGUCGCAACAUUGGUUGAUUAUGUAAACAAAACUACGUUAAUAUUGCUUGAAGGAGACGUAGCCGAGGACAAAGUAGUUAAUUAUCGAAAGCGCUUGUCGAAUGCCAUUGCUGUAUAUUUAGAUGCACUAUUGUCCAAAACAAAAACUGGAUGCGAGAUUUCGGAGAAUGAGAUGCUGUGGAGACGAUGUUUUGACGCGCUUGCACUUGGAGUGUACAUGUCAACGGAAGUGUUCAGUAAAACCCUCGUCAAGAAACAUGUGCUACCUAUCAGCGAGUUCUACAAAUUUUACUCCCUAAGCAUCCUAUUUUGCGUGGUCAUCAACGAUCUGUAUUCAUAUGAACGAGACAAAAUGGACGACAGUGAUAGUAUAAUAAAAGUUUGGUUUACACAGAAAAAUGUGACAGAUAUGACAACAGCAGCAUCGAAAGUUGCCAAAAUUCUCAAUGCAAUAAUACAGCAGAUGUAUUUGUUUGUCGAAGAAG